UCGCCGCCCCGAUGCCCGCCCGGGCCGCCCCGCUGACCCCGGAGGAGCUGCGCAGGCGGCUGAAAGACCUGGAGAGGAGUGAAGAUGGUCUCAGCGAACGGGAGUGCCUCAAAGAAAAGCUCAGCCUGAUGCACGGCUUCUUACGAGUGGAUGUUCAGAAUCAGCUGAAAGAUCUGGAGACCAAGCUGCACCAAGAGGAACUUUCGGAGGAGCGGUACUUGGCCCAAGUCAAAGCCCUGCUCCCCGAAGAACUGUCUUUGGGGAAUGGAGACGCCCCGGAACUCAGCCAGAAGCCCAACGGCCACACAGAAAAUGGCACCUGUGGCAGCGACGAGGAAUCCGAGAGGCCGUGCCGCAAGGGAAUAGAGGAUACCCCCAUGGAGACUGAAGAGGCAGCCUCAUCUUCGUCCUCCUCGACCACGCUGUCCUCGCCGACCGUGUCGAAAGCCCGUCGGGGUCGGAGGAGCAAGUCCAGCAGCGAGAACAGAAAAUCCCCCGGCAGUUCAAGGAUCACCCGCAGUUCUGGGAAGCAGCCCACCAUUGUGGCUAUGUUUUCCAAAGGUUCCACGAAACGAAAAUCAGAAGAGGUGAACGGAGAAGUGAAACAUGAAAUGAACGUAGAACCAGAGGAAGAGGAGGAGGAGUCUGGAGAGAAGGACCAAGAUGAGAAAAGAAUCAAAAUGGAAAACACAGAAGGGUCUGAAGUCAAAGAAGAAGCUAGUCAGGUUAAAAUUGUACCGCCCGUUAAAACCACGCCUCCCAAGUGUGCUGACUGCAGGCAAUACCUGGAUGACCCCGACCUCAAGUUCUUCCAGGGGGAUCCUGACGAUGCACUGGAUGAGCCAGAGAUGCUGACGGACGAGCGCUUGUCCAUCUUUGAUGCCAACGAGGACGGGUUUGAGAGUUAUGACGACCUGCCCCAGCACAAAGUGACGUCCUUCAGCGUUUACGACCGCAAAGGUCACCUGUGCCCGUUUGAUACCGGCCUCAUAGAGCGGAAUAUCGAACUCUACUUCAGCGGCGCCGUGAAGCCCAUUUACGAUGAUAACCCCUGCCUGGACGGUGGUGUCCGGGCCAAGAAGAUGGGGCCCAUCAACGCCUGGUGGAUUACCGGCUUCGACGGAGGAGAGAAGGCCCUGAUCGGCUUCACCACGGCUUUUGCAGAUUACAUCCUGAUGGAGUCAAGCGAGGAGUACGCCCCCAUCUUUGCGCUGAUGCAGGAGAAAAUCUACAUGAGCAAAAUCGUGGUGGAGUUCCUGCAGAACAAUCCCGACGUCAGUUAUGAGGAUUUGCUGAACAAGAUCGAGACGACCGUCCCUCCCGCUGGCCUGAACUUCAACCGCUUCACAGAAGACUCCCUCCUGCGGCACGCGCAGUUCGUGGUGGAGCAAGUGGAGAGCUACGAUGAGGCGGGAGACAGCGAUGAGCCCCCCGUCCUCAUCACCCCCUGCAUGAGAGACCUCAUCAAGCUGGCCGGAGUCACUUUGGGGAAGAGGCGAGCGGCCAGGAGACAGGCGAUCCGGCACCCUACCAAGAUCGACAAGGACAAAGGCCCCACCAAGGCGACCACCACCAAAAUGGUCUACUUGAUCUUCGACACCUUCUUCUCCGAGCAGAUAGAGAAGAACGAGAAGGAGGAAGACAAGGAGAACGCCAUGAAGCGCAGGCGCUGCGGGGUCUGCGAGGUUUGCCAGCAGCCAGAGUGCGGCAAAUGCAAAGCUUGUCAGGAUAUGAUUAAGUUUGGUGGCAGUGGGAAGUCGAAGCAAGCGUGCCUACAGAGGAGAUGUCCCAACUUGGCGGUGAAAGAAGCCGACGAAGACGAGGAAGUGGACGACAACAUACCCGAAAUGCCGUCGCCCAAAAAGAUGCUGCAAGGAAGGAAGAAGAAGCAAAACAAGAGCCGUAUCUCCUGGGUGGGGGAUCCCGUCAAGAGUGACGGUAAGAAGGACUAUUACCAGAAGGUGUGCAUCGAUUCGGAGACUCUGCAGGUGGGAGACUGCGUGUCCGUAAGCCCCGACGACCCCACAAAACCUCUUUACCUGGCAAGAAUCACCGCCAUGUGGGAGGAUGCCAACAACGAGCCCAUGUUCCACGUCCACUGGUUCUGCCGUGGCACCGACACUGUCCUGGGGGCAACCUCUGACCCUCUGGAGCUCUUCCUGGUGGACGAGUGUGAAGACAUGCAACUCUCUUACAUCCACGGCAAAGUCAAUGUCAUCUAUAAAGCCCCUUCGGAGAACUGGGCUCUAGAGGGAGGACUCGACAUGGAAAUCAAAAUGGUAGAAGACGACGGCCGGACGUAUUUCUACCAGAUGUGGUACGAUCAAGAGUACGCCAGGUUUGAAUCUCCCCCGAAGACCCAGCCCUCCGAGGACAACAAGUACAAGUUCUGCAUGAGCUGCACUCGCCUGGACGAGGUGAGGCAGAAGGAGAUCCCCAAAGUCUUGGAGCAGCAGGAGGAGUUGGAUGGGAAGAUGUACUAUGGUGCGGCAACCAAAAACGGGGUGCAGUACCGAGUUGGGGACGGAGUCUUCCUCCUGCCGGACGCUUUCUCGUUCAGCCUGAGGCUGGCCAGCCCCGUCAAGCGCCAGAAGAAGGAAGCAGUGGACGAAGAGCUGCACCCGGAGCAUUACCGCAAAUACUCGGAGUACAUCAAAGGCAGCAACCAAGAUGCCCCUGAGCCGUACCGCAUCGGCCGCAUUAAAGCCAUCUUCUGCAACAUGCGCAGCAACGGCCGGCCCAACGAGGCAGAAAUCAAGCUGCGGGUCUACAAGCUAUACAGGCCGGAGAACACCCACAAGUCCGUGAAAGCCAGUUACCACGCCGAUAUCAACCUGCUGUACUGGAGCGACGAAGAGUCCACCGUGGAGUUUCGAGACGUCCAGGGCCGCUGCACCGUGGAGUACGGAGAGGACUUGACCCAGUGCAUCCAUGACUACUCGGCCAGCGGCUCUGACCGCUUCUACUUCCUAGAGGCAUACAGUGCGAAAACAAAAAGCUUUGAAGACCCCCCAUAUCAUGCCCGAAGUUCUGGAAACAAAGGGAAGGGAAAAGGAAAAGGAAAAGGCAAAAGCAAAGUGAAAUCUUCACGGGGGUCUGAGCCCGGCGACCUUGAGGCUCCUGAGGUGAAGCCCCCGAAGCUGCGCACGCUGGACGUCUUCUCUGGUUGCGGAGGCCUGUCGGAAGGGUUUCACCAAGCAGAAGUCACCGAGACGUGUUGGGCCAUUGAGAUGUGGGAGCCGGCUGCGCAGGCCUUCCGCCUGAACAACCCCGGCACGACGGUGUUCACGGAGGACUGCAACGUCCUGCUGAAGCUGGUGAUGUCGGGGGAGAAGACCAACUCCCUGGGCCAGAAGCUGCCGCAGAAGGGGGACGUGGAGAUGCUGUGCGGGGGCCCUCCUUGCCAGGGCUUCAGCGGCAUGAACCGCUUCAACUCCCGGACCUACUCGAAAUUCAAGAACUCCCUGGUGGUCUCCUUUCUCAGCUACUGCGACUACUACAGGCCGAGGUUCUUCUUGCUCGAGAACGUGAGGAACUUUGUUUCCUUCCGGCGCUCCAUGGUGCUAAAGCUGACCCUGCGGUGCCUCGUCAGGAUGGGAUAUCAAUGCACUUUUGGAGUGCUGCAGGCUGGUCAGUACGGCGUGGCCCAGACACGCCGUCGAGCCAUCGUCUUGGCGGCAGCUCCUGGCGAGAAACUUCCCAUGUUCCCGGAGCCCCUGCAUGUUUUCGCCCCCCGGGCCUGCCAGCUCAGCGUGGUGGUGGACGACAAGAAGUUCGUUAGCAAUAUCACCAGGACCUAUUCGGGCCCAUUCCGGACCAUCACAGUCCGGGACACCAUGUCUGACCUUCCCGAGAUCCGGAACGGGGCCUCAGCACUUGAGAUCUCCUACAACGGGGAGCCCCAGUCCUGGUUCCAGCGGCAAAUCCGAGGUUCCCAGUAUCAGCCCAUCCUCAGGGAUCACAUUUGUAAGGAUAUGAGCGCGCUGGUAGCAGCUCGGAUGAGACACAUCCCGCUCGCCCCGGGCUCGGAUUGGCGCGACCUGCCCAACAUUGAGGUACGCCUCUCGGACGGCACGACCACUCGGAAGCUGCGCUACACGCACCACGACAAGAAGAACGGGCGGAGCAACAUGGGAGCCCUGCGAGGAGUCUGUUCCUGUGCCGAAGGCAAGCCUUGCGACCCGGCGGACCGGCAGUUCAACACCCUGAUCCCGUGGUGCCUGCCCCACACGGGGAACCGGCACAACCACUGGGCUGGCUUGUACGGCAGGCUAGAGUGGGAUGGCUUCUUCAGCACGACGGUCACCAACCCCGAGCCGAUGGGCAAACAGGGCCGCGUGCUUCACCCUGAACAGCAUCGAGUGGUGAGCGUCCGGGAGUGCGCUAGGUCCCAGGGGUUCCCAGAUACCUACAGGCUGUUUGGAAACGUACUCGACAAGCACAGACAGGUGGGUAACGCAGUGCCUCCCCCUCUGGCGAAAGCCAUCGGACUCGAGAUCAAAGCGUGUGUGUCAGCCAAAAUGAAAGAGGAAGCUACGGAUACCAUCAAACGGGAAAAGAUGGAAGUUUCGGAUUAAAUGCCCUCUCCUCCGACUCCUCUGAGUUCCAGCACCUGAACACCCAAACAUGCACUGAACGUUUUAAUUCUUGGUCAUCGUUUCUGGGUUUAUUUUUUUCUCUCCCUUCUGGACUCUAAAACAUGUUGGGCGGGAGGGGGGGCGUAUGUUUCUUUUUAUUUGUCUCUGUUCAGCCUGUAUCCGUGAGCAGUGUUUGUCUCUUUUGAAGCUGUUUUGGUGUUUCCA